AUGCUCUGGCGUUUCGGUCUGCAGCAUGCGUCAAAUAUCGACAAGCUGCUGGAGAAAGAGGAUUUGACUCUCGAAGAAGUUCUCAAUGACCCAGAUCUCCUGCAAGAGGUUCGCGAGCAAAACACCAAAGUCGUCUCAUACCUGUCGCGGCCUCAGAAUUUAAAGCAAAUGGUCGACUAUAUUGCCACAGAAGAGUUUUUCAAGUUCUCCAAAAUGGCUUCGACGUCGGUCGAAGUCCUCUGCAGCAACAGCGUAACCUUUGUCGAGUGUCUCAUUUCCACCUACUCCCACCGCGACUUUGCCGAGAGCGACGACGACGACGCCGAGAACAGCGAGGUCAGCGACAGCGAUCUGGACGGAUUGCAGGCGGCGUACUUCUCGCGCAUCAUGUGCGGUCUGCUGCAGCGCAAGCCCUAUGAGACGCUAGAUUUUAUCCGCGCGCAGGGCAAUACCAUCCCCCUGUUUCUCGAGCACCUCGGCGUGACGACGGUGGUCGACCUGCUGCUUAAAAUAAUCAGCCUCGAAGAGCUCGACAACGGGCCCGGCAUCAUUGCCUGGCUGAACGAGUACAGGCUCAUUCCGAUGCUCGUCGACCGGCUCUCGCCUGAGUGCGACCCCGAGAUGCACUCGCUGGCCACCCAGGUGCUGCUUGAUAUUAUCGCCAUCUCGCAAUGCAACAACCCAGCACAGCCGACCAUCGGCACCAACGCGCUGAUCGAGGAGCUCAAAAGCCAGGAGAUGGUAACGCGCCUGACUGACUACAUGCUUGACCGCAGCGCACCGCACGCCACGUCCACGCUGAUCAACUGCGUCUACAUAUUCAUCGAGCUCAUCCGGCGCAACUACUCGGACGCCGACGCCGAGAUGUCCCCCGACGACCAAGGCAACGGCUACGGCUUUGGUGGCACCUACGACAAUGCCUCGUAUGACCAGCAACAGCAGGCAUCGCUGCCGCGCCGCCUGCCUACCGUCGACCUCUCCGACAUGAUGCGUGUCCUGGCCCUGCGCACCAAGGACCUGGUCGAGCUGCUCAAGAGCCCGCGCUCGGCGACCGAGCCUGUGCCUACAACGAUGGGCCUGCGCGAGCCUUUGGGCUUUGAGCGCCUGCGCAUCUGCGAGCUGUUUGCCGAGCUGCUGCACUGCUCCAACAUGCCGCGCCUCAACAUGCCGGUCGACAAGGCCCAGGGCAUCGAGUCUGUUGCUGUUGCUAUCAGCAGCCCGUCUGACCACGACACCAGCAACACGCCCGUCGGGCAGCUGCUCAAGUGGAAUCUCAUCCAGCACGGUGUGCUCCCCAUCUGCACCGACCUGUUCUUCCGUUUCUCGCUCAACAACUUCUUACACUCUGUCGUCUACGACAUUAUGCACCAAGUGCUCAAUCUGCCGCUGACCCUGGAGUGCAACCUGGCGCUCAUCGUCGUCGCAUUCCGUGACGUGCGCAUAACCUCGCGCAUUGCUCAGGCUUGCGCACAAAACGACCAGGUCUGCCACGAGCCGCGCGGCGUCAGGCUCGGCUACAUGGGCCAUCUUACGGGCAUUGGCGAGGAAGUGGCUCGCUUGCUUGAACUCUCAGGAGCCGCGCUUGAGCCCCUGAUUGCGCCCUUUAUUGAUGGUGACGAGUGGCUCGAUUACGUUGCACGUACUUUGCAGGAGGUACGUGAGCGCGACCAGCAGCCGCUCGGCGGCGAGCGUCCGGGUGGCACCGUCGAUAUUCUGGCCAGCGAUAAUGCUGACCAGGUGUUUGUCUCGCGCAUGGGGCUGGUCGACCCGUCGUCCGGCGAAUCCUAUGGGCCGGAGGACGACGACGAGGAUGUCGAUGAUGAGGACAUGGACGAAGAUGAUGACGAGGACGACGACGACGAGGAUAGGUACACUGCCAGCACGCGUAGCAGCCAGGGCUCGGCCAUGGACGAGGAUGUUGACGACGAUGAUGACGACGAUGACAGCGCUUCGGAGAUUGGCGGAAAUAACGAC